GGUUCAUUCCAGCAGGUGGCUGCUCGGAGAACCUCUCAACCCAGGUACAGACAGUCCUGCACUCGGAUCAGCAUUUAACUUUACAGAAAGCCUCUGGAAGAUGCAUCACAGACAGUAUACAUCUGUGAGCCGCACUGAUGAAAUCCCCAUGAAGACCGAAAAUGGACCCCGACCCAACAAAUACCGCUACGUACGUAAAGAAGGCAGCUCUAACAUCAUGUUGCGCCACGUUCCUGAGGAGAGGCUGCUCUUUGUGACCGACAUCUUUACCACCUUGGUGGAGAUCAGAUGGAGGGUGAUGUUUCUGAUCUUUGCUCUCUCUUACAUUCUGUCCUGGCUCUUUUUUGGGAUCCUCUUCUGGGUCAUCGCUCUCGCUAAUGGAGACAUCAAGGAUCCCAACACUGAACCCUGCGUGUUUGAAGUCCGCAGCUUCACGGCCGCUUUCCUCUUCUCGCUCGAAACUCAGACCACCAUCGGUUACGGAUUCAGAGGAAUGUCUGAGAACUGCAUGCAUGCCAUCAUCAUCGUCACCAUACAAGACGUCAUGAGCUGCUUCAUUGAUACGUUCGUCAUUGGAAUUGCUGUUGCCAAAAUGGCCUCGGCCAGAAAGAGGGCGCAGACGGUGGGCUUCAGCAACCGUGCUGUCAUCAACCUUCGUAAUGGGUACAUUUAUCUGUCCUGGAGAGUUGGGGACUUCCGCAGGUACCACUUGGUGGAGGGGACAGCUACCGCCCAGAUAGUCCGCAGUACGAUGCACGCCACUGGGAGAGUUGAUGUGACUUAUGAAGACUUGGUCAUCCAGCAGAAGGACAUCAUCCUCGCCACACCAACCACCAUCUAUCACAAGAUUGAACCUGGCAGCCCGCUGUACACCAUGACUUAUGCUGAUCUGCAGAGAGCAGACUUUGAACUGGUUGUGUCAUUUACCUACACAGAUGACUCCACAGGCAUUCUGCAUCAGACGCGAACCUCUUACACUCCAAAAGAGAUCCUCUGGGGUCAGCUGUUCCAGGAGAUGAUCAGAGUCGGCAGGAAGAGCUACAGGGUGGAUUACAACUUGUUCCAUCGCACUGAAAAGAUACACGUCCCCCUGGUUAGCGCUAAGGAGUUUGAAGAGAAGAAGCAGCUGCAGCUCACACGACACUCACCUCGACAUUCACCCAGCUCUUCACCACGGCUCCCUUCACAAUCGCCAUCUCAGGAUCACCGUGAUAAAUAUUUGAAACCCCCGAUGGUAAAGGUGGAACUUGUGAGUGACAGCCAACCUAUACCAAGUGUUGCACCAUCUCAAUCAGACGAUAGUCAGGAUCAAGAAACUCUGACUCAGCCAAAUAAUCAGACAAGUGAAGAAAAUUGA